AUGAUCACACCUUCCUCAAACGUUACCUGUAGCCAAAGGGAGCGGCAAUCACUACUUGAAUUCCGACAAGGCCUCACGGACGAAUCAAAUCGUUUGUCAACAUGGACCGGAGUAGAAUGUUGUGAGUGGCAGGGAGUUGGUUGUGACAGCAGACAUGGUCAUAUUGUCAAACUUGAUCUUCGAUCUCCAUUGUCUUUCACGAAUGACGUCUCUACUUUAAACACAAGCAAGUGGCUCGAAGGUAAGAUAAGUCCUUCCUUACUCAACUUGAAGCAUAUGCGUUACUUGGACCUCAGCAUGAACAAUUUCUCAGGACAAAAUAUUCCUGAAUUCUUUGGGUCUUUCAAGUAUUUGGAAUACCUUAACCUUUCUAGUUCAGGUUUUAGUGGUGUAGUCCCUCCUCAUCUAGGAAAUCUUUCAAGGUUACAAUAUCUUGAUCUUAGUAGCUACGAGGUAUAUUUUGAGUAUGAUAAUACUUUAAUGGUCAAGGAUGAUAUGAGGUGGGUGUCAUUGUUGUCGUCGUUAAAGUACUUAGAUUUGUCAUGGAUAACAAUUGGUAACGAUAUUGAUUGGUUCCAUCCAGUUAACACGUUACCUUCUUUGUUUACACUGUACUUGGCCAGGUGUGAUAUCAAAAUCUCCUCUAUAAAAUCCAUAAAUUCAACUUCUGUUAAGUCACUUGAUCUCUAUGGAAAUUACAUAACUUCGACCAUUCCUGUUUGGUUAUCAAACCUUACUAGCCUGGUGUAUCUUAGACUUAAAGAAAACAACUUCCAUGGCCGAAUACCCGAUUCUAUUGGAAACUUGAGCUCUCUUUCUAUUAUCAGCCUUGCAUAUAAUCAAUUGGCAGGUCCAAUACCUCCCUCACUUGGUCGCCUGUCAUCUCUAAGAGCGCUCUCUCUUUAUGCAAAUCAAUUGAGUGGGAGCAUACCUGAAAGCAUUGGACAACUAACGAAACUACAAGUGCUCUGGCUUUCAAAGAAUCAAUUGAGUGGGAGCAUUCCCGCUAGUCUUGGUCAGCUUGCAAACCUCAAACAACUUCAUCUUUCUAGUAAUCAGUUGAGUGGGGCUAUUUCUGAAAUUCACUUCAUCAAACUCAACAAUCUAACUGGAUUAUCCUUGUAUAAUAAUCCAUUAACAUUGAAUGUGAGCCCUCAUUGGAUUCCUCCCUUCCAAUUGAAGUAUUUUUUUGCAAGCUCCUGCAACAUCGGACCCCGAUUCCCAAGUUUGAUUCGGAAAUCGACACAUCUUCAACAUCUAUAUCUUUCAAAUGCAAGUAUUAGAGAUAACUUACCCGAAUGGUUUGAGAGCAUUUCUUCUCAUCUUUAUUACUUGGAUUUGUCGGACAACCAGAUGAGUGGAAAUCUCCCACGAAUACGAAACAGAUCACCGGACCCAAUUUCAGGUAUAAAUCAAUAUUACACAACUUUCAUGUGA